GCCGGCUCGGCGAGGGCGGGGUCUGUUGGCGGGGCAUGAAACAGGUGAGACUGGAAAUCGUUUGAUGCUGUGAGUUUUUCGGGGGCGCAGUUUGACCAAUUCACGGCUAAAGGUCAAGGAAACCCCUAAAAUAUGACUCUACUUUCCAGGUUGUCUUUCAACACCGAUUUCAUGUUGUAGGGAGGUAGCUGCUCAGUCUAUUCUCAACUUACAACUUCAACUUGCCGCUAAACAGAUCGAUCGGGAAUAUCCUAGUUCUUGAGUCUUUAAGCUUUCAAAAUGCUCGCACCGCCAGUAAACCUCCCAAAGUGGCUGGAGGAGAACUCCCACCUUCUCAAGCCACCCAUCAACAACUACUGCGUCUACAACGGGGACUUUACUGUCAUGAUCGUCGGCGGCCCCAACGCGCGCACCGACUACCACAUCAACCAGACGCCCGAGUGGUUCUACCAGCACAAGGGCGCCAUGAUCCUCAAGGUCGUCGACGACGGCGCCUUCCGGGACGUGGUGAUCCGCGAGGGGGACAUGUUCCUGCUGCCGGCGGACACGCCGCACAACCCGGUGCGGUUUGCCGACACGGUGGGGCUCGUGCUGGAGCAGAAGCGGCCCGCCGGCUCGCUCGACCGCAUGCGCUGGUACUGCCAAGCGGAGGGGUGUGGUGCGGUGGUGAAGGAGGCCGCGUUUCAUUGUACGGAUCUGGGCACGCAGAUCAAGGAGGCGGUGGAGGCGUUUAGGGCGGAUGAGGAGGGCCGGAGGUGUGGCAAGUGUGGCGAGGUGGCUGAGUGGUGUCCGAAGCCGGGGUCGAUUCGGGAUCCGAAUUUGGAGUAGGGUGGUGUGUGUGUUUGGAUGGGUGAGGUGGUUGUGGUUGGGGAGUGGGGAGGUGGAUGGGCGGGUGUAUUUGUGCUUGUUUUUUAGAGCCUUGCUAGCAAUCACAUUGGUGUGUUGUUUGAGCUCAGGUUUGACUACCGUGCGUUUGCGGCUUCGCUGGCGAACAGAACACUGGAAGAGCCAAUUUUGAAUGCGCACUCUCGAACCAUACUACGAGUUUGUCAUCCCUACCUAGUAGUAUGAUACAGUGAUGGAUAUGAAUGGCAGGUCAAGGUCGUAACAAGGCAAAAAAGCUCACCUACUGACCCCAUCCGCCGGUCGAAUGGG